AAGAGAGAGAGAGAGAGAGAGAGUGGACGAGUGAGAGUGAGUGUAUGAGAGGAACACAGAGAGUCUCUCGCAGCCACAACAUUGGUGUUUUCUCUCUUUGUCCUGCUCUCUCCACGUCGACUCGUUCAAGAUUUCUGUCUUCAACUAUGGAUCUGUAAGGAUGAACUCUGUGGACGUCUGGAGUCAGGAAACCUGCUGUGAAAAUCCCAUGAGGAGCUGAAGAAAUACUUCAUCCAGGAAUUAAACACACCAGAUCAUCAUGGAUCUUUCUUUUAUGGCUGCGCAGCUUCCAAUGAUGAGCGGCGCUUUCAUGGACGCGUCACCCAUGGACGACUGCAGCACAGAGCACUCGCUCUUCAACUCGUCCGCCAGUGUGAACGCAGCGCCCCCUGCCUCAGCACCGGCACAACAGGAGGAACAGCAGCACAUGUCCAGCGAUGCCGUCUGGCUGUGGAUAGCCAUCAUCGCCACCAUCGGGAACAUCGUGGUGGUUGGAGUCGUUUAUGCAUUUACUUUCUAAGGACAGAAGGAUCAAUAGAAGACUUAUGAAUCCAGAAACGAUGCACAGAUGAUUAUGUUUGUAUCAGCGGCGUCUGAUGGACCUCAGCUGGAUGAAAUAUUAACCUGAUACCCUCAUUAUGAGCCCAUAUGAAUAUGAUGUUUUCCUUUUUAACAAGCUCUAUUUAUACACAAUAGUGGAAGCUGGAUCAAUCUAGAGUCAUUCAUAAGCUCUCAUAUUCGUCAGCUGUCACUCAAAUGACAUGAUAUCACAUACAUGAUGGAUAAUUUAGAUUAACGUAAAUUGCAAACCUCCCAGGAUGCAUCUGUGUUGACAGCUCUAAUAAAGUACCAGAUUUUAUCAGUAUGGAUCAAAUCACUGCAAAUCUGGUCAGCAAGUUCCUGUGCGUAAAAUAACUGAUUUUAACAUCUAAAACCAUUUAAAUGGUCUGUUGUCCUUCCACUUUUAGCUUCUAUAAUCUAAAACCUCUCAUAUUAUCAGAUUGAUGAUAAUGGCAGUGAUUGAUUUGCAUAUUGCAACAUUUUUACGUCUAAAACUUCUACUACAAAUAGUAGUGAAAAAAGAAACACCUGAAGAAAAAACUCUGAAUGUGUCCAUGAUCGUAGCUCUGGGUUCAUACAGCAGCACCUCAUGACGAGAUGAUUCAUUAAAGCUGUCUGUUUUUGUGCUGAUGUAAGAGUUUCAUGUGCUGAUGCUACACAUUCAUUUCAGUCCGUCGGGUUUAAUUAUCCAGAAAAAUAAAGGAAAACCUCAUGAAACAAUACAUGAAAUCUAACAGCCAAAACACACAUAAUCAGCUGAUUGAAGGAAUGAACAUCUCAAAUAAAUUAAGAGAGAGAAUUUAAAAAAAAAAAAACACACACACACACACAAAUGUCUAUUUCAUGUGAUGAUGCCUAUUAUAAUCGCCUUUGGUCAAGCUUUUGAAAGAAACAAAGGAGAGGUUAGGGUUUCUUACAAAGAGGCAGAAGUAGGUAAGUAAGUAGGUAAAUAAAUCAGUAAAAAUUAACAAUCAUAUUUAUAAGUAACUGUAUUUUACUGAUCACAGACAAGAUCUGUGCCUUCCAACACUAAAUGUCAUCCAGCAGGGGGCGCUGAUGCUUAAAGAAUUAACUUUAACCAAUAUAACCUGAAUGACUGAUGAAAUUAAAGUUCAUGGCGACCAUGUCUAUUAAGCCCUAAAAAGGACAAAAACACCAUAUAAGUAUCAUAUUGUUGCAACUCCUCUCUUCCCAGUCUGACUAGGAUACAAUCUAAAAAACACUGCUUAACUGUUUCGAUGUAUGUCACAAUAAGAGCAUUGUCAUGUUCAUCCUUUCAUGUCACUCUAACAGAAAAAGCACAUUAUCUCUCUCUUUAACUCUUUGUCAAACAUUUAUUGACAUAAUCAAAAGAUUUUUAGUGCUUUGAUGCAUUUGCAUCACUAAGUGCAGGUUUAUGAGCAAUUAAACAGGUUAAAGUACAAAAUAGAUGCAGAUAUAGUGCAUGUAGCUUACACAGCUAUGGAUGUGUAUGUCUGAUAGUGUUAUUACUUAUAAAAAAUCAUUGAAACAAAUCUCUGAAGUUCAUAAUGUGAAACUGAAUGCACGUCUGUUCAUGUAUUCAGUGUUUGUCAUAAAAAAAUUGUUACUGUGUAUUUUUAUUUAGGUGUAAAUUAUUGUCCAUACAAGAUAUUGGUUUUCUUCAUUAGAUUUGAUUUAGUCCACUUUCCAUUCUCUAUUGGGUAAGCACAUAAAAAGCCAGUAAAUAAAUUUAAUUAAAUAAUAAGUUUAAGACAUUAUCCAUGACUGUAUAGAAUCUGUCAAGUUGGCUUUGAUUCUAUUGGACAAAAGUCACAUUGAUCAGGAUAUGACAUUUUCCUGUGCCCCCUCUAAUACAGCAAAGUUGGUACAUUCUCACUUCUUUUAGAAUUCCUAUAAAAUCAAUUUAACUUCCUGUUUGUCACCACUCUCACAACGCACCAGGUACCAAACAUUUCAAGUCAUUUUAAUUCAUUUUUAUUUAGGUGUAAAUUAUUGUCCAUACCAGAUAUUAGUAUUCUUUAUUAGAUUUGAUAUUAUAUAUUUGAUUAGAUUUAAUAUAUGAUUUAGGACAUUAUAUAUGAUUGUAUAGAAUCUGUCAAGAUGGCUUUGAGAAAUGAAAAAGCAAUAUUUUGUUGUUCGGCGGUAAAGAUCCUCCUAAGGUUUGUUUAAGUUUAUUUAUUCCAUUAUUUAAUCAUUGUUUAAAUUGUUCUUUUUCUUGGGUGUGUUAUAAAUGAACUAAUGUUGACGUUAUGUUCCUGAUGUUCAUUGCUGAUGCGAUAGAGGUAGGUUUGAAAAAAAAUACAGUACUGGAUUUAUAUUUAUGUAUUGUUUAAUUUGAUUUUGCAUGUGUUAAUAUGGAUUUUAAUUGACUACCGGAAUGCCAGUAUAUUUUCAGAUGCUUUAAUCUCUUUUAGUGACAUUGACUUUUCUAUUAAUACAGAAAUAAUAACAGAAACAGAACAAUGAAAAUGUGUGAAAAAGAAUCCAGAUAGAUAGUUAAAUAUUCAAAGGCUGUAUAUACAGUCAUGUGAAAAAGAACGUGCACCCUUUUAAAUUCUCAUUGAAGAUGAACAAAUGUCUUACGGGUUUGUAACAACAUGAGGGCAAGUACUUAAUGACAGAAAUUUCAUUUUUGGGUGAACUAACCCUUUAUGCCAAAUAACUAAGCCCAUGCAUUGACUCCGUACAAUGACAAAUAAAGAUAUUAAAACUA